AUGGAUGAAUAUAAGACAGUAGCAAAUGCCAACCGCCAGUCCGGAGCACUCUAUCAGGGCAUCACUAUGGCUCGGGAAAUGGGUCUGCCGGAGAACCAAAUACGAGCUGCCAGAGUUCAGAACAUUCCCGAUGAAAUCAAAGCCUUACCCUACUUCUAUGCAAAAUUUGGUGACAGCAAAAUUGUAAGCAACAAGAUAUGUGGAGCAACAUGCGCAGGGCCUGGGUACUACUUGCUGCGUCUUAGCUCCAAGGGAGAUAACUAUUUGUCUCUUUCAGUCAGCAUUGCAAAUUCUUCUGUACGGCAUGUAAAUGUAGUCAUUGAGAGACGACCAGCUUUGAAGUACUUCAUUGUGGAACAGGUGAAGUUCAACAGCUUCCAUGAACUCUGCACUUACUACCAUACCCACCGAAUCUGUAAUCUGGAGCAGAUCGAGAACGUCAAACUCUUACACCCAAUAAACCAAGGGGCAGACUCAAAGGAAGACUAUGCACUACCAUCGUCACCUGUAAAUGGAGCAGGAGUACCCAUUCCUCUCAGAAAGGGUUCUGACACAAGCCUGCCCAAAACACCUAGCUCGGGUCAGUUGACAGCGAGGUUUGACUAUGUAGAGGAACUUCCUCCAAUUCCCGUGUCAAGCGGUCGGCCACGGAAAGACAGCAACCCUUCGCGACCUCUACCAAAGACACCAAAGUCGAGUAGUGAGACACGCCCCCCUUGUCCACCUCCUCCAGGAUAUGAAGGCAACUCGGAUCUGUACUACUCCCGCCCGAGGGAUGUGAGCAAAAAUAGGAUCGAUGAACUUCGACAGAUUUUAAAAGAUUCUGAAAUGUGUGAUUGUGGUGUGAACUUAAGUGACUCUGAACUCCCUCAGGGCUGGACCUUACAUAAGAGUCACGACGCGGCAUCAUAUGGUUGCCUCUUCUACCAAAGUAACCAAGGAGACACAACUUGGAACCUUCCUCUACACAUUGUGCCAGAAAUCACUCCCAAGAUGAAGAAAAUCAUCAUUGAUUUGAGUCAUCAGAGCGGGAAGACACCCCCAGCAGUGUUAUUCCCGCCAUAUCAAGAACAGAUGAGGGGGCGAACAGAUGGUGGCCAGCGGAAUGGGGUGGGCACUAUGUUUGGACCGGGAGGAGGGGCAAGGAAGCGGGGUGAUGAAGGUUGAUCUUGGUUGCCUUUCUGUUACUCUUUGUUUUAGCAUCCUGACAUUUUUAGAAAUCCACACAAGGAUGUUGUUUCUCUUGAGUUAGUCGUCUUCCAUAGCGUUGAAUGUUGGCUGAGAAGAUUCGGUGGUGACAGUGCUUUUGACAAGUUUGACCAUACCACAUCACCGUAGUGUUGAAAACUGUCAAAUGACUUACUUAAAGGGGGACUAUACUCCACAUUCUGGUGACAAUGUCCAAUACAGAUCUAGAUCUCUUUAAGCCAAGAUGUUAUCUGUGUAAUAUAGGAAAUCAUUUGUUUCUAUAUCGAUACACACCUUGAAGAUUGAGUUAGGAGAGACAUAAACAUGAUAAAAUCAGAUUUGAUUUGAAUCAAUUUGACUAGGACUUUGAAUAGUGUGGAAACAAGCUCUUACUGAAGUAUGGGGAGAUGAGGAAACCUAGAUUUGAAAGCACUGCCUUGGCACACCAAGGACCUGGUUUUGGUUCCCCAUGUGGGUAGAAAAUGUGAUACCGAUUUCUGAUGUUCCCUUUCGCCCUGUGAUAUGGCUGGAAGUGUCGUACAUUGUCGUACAUUGGUAAGACAACAAAACUUACAACAUCAGAGGCUUCAAUGAAAGGUUGUUAUACUCUGAUUGAAUGAUUGUAUCGAA